UUUUAUGAUUGGAACUGCAGUGCACAUUUCUGAUAUUUGUCAUGUUUGAUGUUCUACUAUAGCUAUUCAUAUAUAAAACGAAAUAUAACCAAACAACAACAACAACAACAAAAAACUGAAGUACUCUACACGUAGAUAACAAUCAACUUUUAUUUUGGCAAAUGACCUGAUAAACAGGAAGUGCGCUGGUGUAGAAACGCGUUGUACAAGCUGUGAUGCUUGAGUAGGUAAGUUCAGGUUUGUUUUUAUCCACUGUUAUAAAAUGAUAAAUGUCUGUCUCUGUUUUAUGUAUUUUUUGACAGGAAAUUAUACGGUCUUCGAGAUUCAAAACACUCGGCAAAGUAAUAUUAGCCACCUAGCCAUACUGAUAUGAGAUGGUAGAGUAUGUACUAGCUAAAUGCUAAAGUUAUCCUUCACUAUGUAUGUCUUGGUGGUUUAGUGGGUGAAAGGAUUUACUGUGGAAAUAAGCGUAAUUCAUCAUGUUAAUCAUUCAGACAGGUGUGAUGCUGAAUGUGACUUGUUCAUUGGACUUAAAGCUCAUCUAAUGUACUAGACGUCAUGGGGAGCGAUAUACUGUACAUAUGAUCUUAAAUCAGCACUGAUUCGAACCAAUAUUAAUCUAACCCACAGGACUAGUUUCAUAAUGAUUAGAGUCUGCUACAUCAUCUGGGUUGCACUUUUUGCGUUAGAAAUUCCACGAAUCCAGGCUUUACUAGGAAACCUAGAUGAUUGCUGUAAAAGAACACAGAAAAUGAAUGAAACCUGCAUAAACAGCACACAUUGUGGGUGUCUCCACGUUCUGGAGAACAGCACUGUUCAGUGUGUGCAGUGUGACUCUUUAACUUCAGAUCUGGAGAACUUGACACUGUGCAACACCACUGUCGACCGCACCUCAAUAUCCACAAUAGUCAAGAUAGGUGGUCCGGGUGUAGCAGCCUCUGUCCUUUUGGGCACUUUGCUGAUCAGUCUCUUCCUCAUUCUCUCUGUCGCCUCGUUCUUCUACCUCAAACGUUCUAACCAUCUCCCCGGUGUCUUCUACAGACGCAAAGCUUUCAUAUUUCAACCAACUGAAACGGCUGUAAUGAUGCCUGCUGUGUCAUCCUCAGUGCGCAAACCGAGAUACGUCAGGAGAGAACGGCCUUCAUCAGCCGCAGCAGUUGGCAGCAGUGCCACCAUGCCAGUGGGACACAUAACAAAGGUGUAUAAUGUAACCAUCCAGUAGAGAUAAGCUACAGAGAGGAAGAGGCAACACCAUUUAUGAGUAGUAAUGUUUACGUCAUCUAUUCUCCUUUUUUUUUUCUUUUUUUUUUAAACUUUAGUGGGCUAAAGUGGUCUUUUUUAUGUAGCCUCUUUGUACACAGAUUCUCAUGUUUCCUUGUUUGCACAGAAAAACACUUUUUUCCCUUCCAAUUCCUAUUUCUUUUCUUAAAAGACUAGAAUGCAUUGUGGAGAAUAUUUUAUUUUUAAGAUCCUACUUCUAGUUAUUUUCUUAAAAUUUGUAAGUUAAAUAUUUAUUAUCAGUAUGUAUGUGUCAUACCUUUUGGCCUUGAGUCUGAAAGAGUUCCUUAAAAAGACAUAAUAUUUGCACAUUAGCUGUUUUCCCUAUUUCUGGGCCAAAUAGCAGCCAUCAUCUUUUUUAGAGUGUUUGACCACCUUCUUUUAGAAUAAACAGAUUAGAUGUAUUGUUGGGGGGGAAAAAAUAAGUUGAGUCAUUUAGGGGCUUAAGUUUUGCAGUUCAAUGUCAGCCUGAGGAUGAUGCCUAAAGUAUUCAGAAAACUUGCCAAAUUGUGUAAAUUUUAUACCCUUGUAUGAAGGAUUGUAUGCACACCUUUCCAUAUAAUUGCCAUGGGCUGUUUUGGGGUUCUUUAAAGCACCAACUAAUAACAUAAGGGCACUCAUAGUUUACUUAUGAUCCCCUCUGUUAAAGCACUAGAUUUUAGCCAAAUAACGAGCUUAGGGUCAAAAAACAAAACAAAUUUUCAUUGCACUAUUAUAUAAAAGAACAUUUACCUUCUCUGUUGGAUCAAAAAAAGAAUAGCGAAUCACUAAUGCUUGUAUUCGUCAUGUUAAUUUGCCACAGAAACACAGUGAAAGAUUUUGAAUGUUUGUGGUGCUGUUUAUUGAUUGUACCAAUGAAGUGCCAAAAAGAGGCAGUAUACACUGUGUUGUCAUGGGUAAGGCCUUAAAAUGUGAACUGUUGAAUUUUGGAGAUAUCUAUUGGUAGUAUUAUGAAUAUUUAUACAGUAGAUCACAGCAUCCAAGCAGUCUUGUCUGUAUUUGCUUUUAUCCCUUUUUCUAAUUUAAGUUUUAUAUCUUCUAGUUGUGGUUUUCUUUACGAUUUGAUAGCAGUCGGUUUUGAUGUCUA